AUGUCUAGAAUAAUUCCUUCUACAAUUGCUGCCAUAGUAUAUCAAGGGAUAUAUCUUUUGGCAGGAAUUUAUCAAACACUUACAAUGCAAUAUUUAUAUUAUCAAGGAGCAGCUACAUUGGUUGGGAUAUUGCUUAUGCCCGCAUGGUUUGCAAAAAGAAAUGGAGCCAUCAUGGAUAAAACUGAGGACCCAGAACUCGAUAUGGUAACGAAAGCACUUAAAGAUUAUCAAUUAUUACCUGAAGAUGACAUUCUGACGAAUAGUAGCAAGCUAUCGCUAUCAAGUCCAAAAGAAGUUGUCAACUAUUGCUUUAUAUUUGCUAUCUCUUUAUUGGAGAUUAUGGCUAAUUUUACGUUAACAUUGGGUCUUUUUUACGUUGGAAGUGGUACGUAUCAAGUAAUUCACAGUUCGAUAAUAAUCUGGUGUGCAAUUCUCUCAUUUCUAUUUCUUGGAAGAAAACUUUCACGAGUACAAUCACUAUGCGUUAUUGGAGUAUGUAUUGGAAUAUUUAUUAGUUCUUUAGGAAUUUCUAAAAACUCUAUAGUAGCUAUUACCACCGAACCCAUUAUAUUUAAUUCAUAUCAUAUACCACUUACAAUGAUUGGAUUAAUAUUAACAUCACUUGCAACAUUUGGAAGUGCUUGUGUUUACGUUAUACUUGAUCAAUUAUUAACAACAAUUCGUGUACCUAAUGAACUUCCACCAUCACCAGCCAAAGCAUGUUUUUUAAUAGGAACUAUUAAUUCAUGUUUAGCUAUGAUAUAUAUUGUCAUGUACACAAUUCCAAAUUGGAAAGUACUUAUAAUAGAAGAGAUAGAAAAGAAAAGUCAACAUGUAAAUACUUUUAUAAUUAUUAUAUCAUAUUUGAUGUUAAUUCUUGCAUCAUUCUUUCAUAAUUUUGCAGCUUAUUGGGUAGUAAAACAUCUUGGUGAUAUUGGUCAAUGUUUUACUAUUUGGAGAGGAUUUGGAGCAUUUGUAGUAAUAGGAUGUGUAAUUAUUUUUUCUUUUACAAAAUUAAAAUUUAAGUAA